AUGGCCCAACUUUCUAAGUUUCGUCACCUCCUUCUUCUCCCCCGUCAGGCUUCUUCUACUUCUUCUUCUUCCCUUUCUCUCUCCAAACCCUUCAACCUCCGUUUCCGUUCUCUUCUAACCGUUCUCGCCUCCUCCUCCUCCUCCUCCAAACGACACCGUAGCAUACCAAUGGAAGUGAAGGAUUCCAACUUCAACAAGAGACGGGCCGAAGGCAGAGACGCCAAUGACGCCUCCAGGAAGAACCUCCAACUCAAAGUUCGCAAGCUUAACCCAAUCAAUACCAUCUCAUAUGUUCAGAUUUUGGGAACUGGAAUGGAUACUCAGGAUACGUCUCCUUCAGUCCUGCUUUUCUUCGAUAAUCAAAGAUUUAUAUUCAAUGCUGGGGAGGGAUUGCAAAGGUUUUGCACAGAGCAUAAGAUUAAGUUAUCAAAGAUAGAUCACAUAUUUCUUUCCCGCGUCUGUUCUGAGACUGCCGGUGGCCUUCCAGGUUUACUGCUUACUUUGGCAGGCAUGGGAGAAGAAGGGAUGUCCCUUAACAUAUGGGGCCCUUCAGACCUUAAGUAUUUAAUAGAUGCCAUGAGAUCUUUUAUUCCCAGUGCUGCCAUGGUUCACACAAAGAGCUUUGGGCCCAACACCGAUGGACCCACUGUGCCACGUCAAAGCAAGCUUUUGGACCCCAUUGUUCUGAUUAAUGAUGAGGUGGUCAAAAUAUCAGCCAUUGUCCUACAACCAAAUUGCAUUGAAGGUCAGGUUCUGACAACUUCGGAAAGCUCUUCACAGAAGAGGAUGGACCAUAGUCCAGAUACCCUUAAUUCCUCCAAUGGCAGAAAACUACCUGCUGCAAAACCUGGUGAUAUGUCUGUAGUUUAUGUUUGUGAGCUGCCUGAAAUCAAGGGAAAAUUUGAUCCAGAGAAAGCUAAGGCCCUUGGUCUUAAACCUGGGCCCAAGUAUCGGGAACUGCAACUUGGAAACUCAGUGAAAUCUGAUCACCAGAAUAUCAUGGUUCAUCCAAGUGAUGUCUUGGGACCUUCUGUUCCUGGUCCCAUUGUACUCCUUGUCGAUUGCCCAACAAAAUCCCAUUUGGAAGCAUUAUUGUCUGAACAAUCACUUGCUAGUUAUUGUGAUCAAACAGACAACCACGCAGAGGCUAGUAAGAGUGUCACUUGUGUAAUUCACCUAACUCCGGCAUCUGUUGUGAGUUGUUCAAAUUACCAAAAAUGGAUGAAUAAAUUCAGUUCUGCUCAACAUAUCAUGGCUGGACAUGAAAAGAAGAAUGUAGAGAUUCCUAUUUUGAAAGCUAGUGCAAGAAUCGCAACACGACUGAAUUACUUGUGUCCUCAGUUCUUUCCAGCUCCAGGAUUUUGGUCCGUUCCUAAUCAUAGCUCAGAAUUUGGUUCUCUUGCUUUAAGUGAGUGUUCUUUAUCACAACCUUCUGAAGUCAUUUCUUCUGAAAAUCUUCUUAAGUUUACUUUGCGUCCUUAUGCUCAUCUUGGGUUGGAUAGAUCUUGUAUUCCUACUAAGGUCGCUUCCUCAGAAAUCAUUGAUGAUUUACUGUCAGAGAUUCCAGAGGUUUCAGAAGCAGUUAAUCAUGUAAGUCAGCUCUGGCAAGAAUGUAGUCAGACAAAGGAUACCGUAACUCCUGUGGUGGAUCAUAAGAUGAUGAUUGAGGAACCAUGGCUAUGUGCAAAUGGUAUUCCUGCUUGUCUGCAAAAUAUAAGGAGAGAUGACUUGGAGAUAGUUCUUCUUGGAACUGGUUCAUCUCAGCCAUCAAAAUACCGAAAUGUGAGCUCAAUUUAUAUAAAUCUUUUCUCCAAAGGAGGUUUGCUCUUGGAUUGUGGUGAAGGAACCUUGGGACAACUUAAAAGAAGAUAUGGUGUUACUGGUGCUGAUGAUGCUGUGGGAACUUUAAGGUGCAUUUGGAUUUCACAUAUUCAUGCUGAUCACCAUGCAGGCUUGGCCAGGAUUCUUACCCUGCGCCGUGAUUUGCUGAGGGGGGUGCCUCAUGAACCAGUACUCGUUGUAGGACCAAGGCAGCUUAAGAGAUAUUUAGAUGCAUACCAAAGACUUGAAGAUUUAGAUAUGCUGUUUCUUGACUGCAAGCACACCACAGCAGCUUCAUUGGAUGCUUUUGAGGAUGAUUUCCAAGGAAAUUCAGUUAAUUCUCAGACUCUGAACAACAAUAGUGGGGACUUAAUUGCAUCAAAAGUUGAUUCAACUAUGUUUGCUAGAGGAUCUCGAAUGCAAAGCUGUUUUAGAAGACCAGGUAGUCCUGUUGACAAAGAUGUAGUUUCUCCUAUCCUAAAGAAAUUUAAGGAGGUAAUCCAGGAAUCUGGUCUGAAGGCCUUGAUUAGUUUCCCCGUUGUACAUUGCCCACAGGCAUUUGGUGUAGUUUUAAAAGCAGAAGAGAGGACAAAUAGUUUCGGAAAAGUGAUACCUGGCUGGAAGAUUGUGUAUUCUGGUGACACAAGGCCCUGCCCAGAGCUAAUAGAAGCAUCUCGUGGUGCAACAGUUCUUAUACAUGAGGCAACUUUUGAGGAUGCUAUGGUAGAUGAGGCUAUAGCAAAGAAUCACAGCACCACAAACGAAGCCAUAGAAAUGGGACAAUCUGCUAAUGUAUAUCGAACCAUAUUGACUCAUUUCAGUCAAAGAUAUCCCAAAAUUCCUGUGUUCGAUGAAGCACACAUGCAUAAAACAUGUAUUGCAUUUGAUAUGAUGAGUAUCAAUGUAGCUGAUUUGUCCGUGCUUCCUAAAGUUCUUCCAUAUUUGAAAUUGCUUUUCAGAGAUGAAAUGAUGGUUGACGAGUCAGAUGAUAUAGUUGAAGCUGUGAGUUCAGCUUCUUGA